AUGUUGUUCUUGACUUUGAUUCUUGGAGCCCUUAGUGCUUGUGAUCACAGCAACUUCAAGUGCUGCUCAUCUUACACCAAACAAGACGAUUUUGCUUAUGUCAUGCACGUCCAGACUUGGCCCGGGUCUUUCUGCUCGGACAACUGCUGCAUUCUCCCCACAAACAACGAAUUCUUCGAGGAAGGUUUUUCGAUCCACGGAUAUUGGCCACAAUACGGAGCUUCAACAUACCCAUCAUGCUGCUCUCAAGACUUCACUGAUACUCAAGUCGAAAAGAUGUUACUUGCCGAUACCGAGUUGACCAAGGACGUUUCUAACUAUUGGCCAUCAAUGAAGAAGUGCAGAUUUGCGAUGUACGAGUGGAGUAAACAUGGUUCAUGCGCUGCCAAUGUCUACACUGGAGAAAAUGGUCCAUUGGAUUACAUCAGAGCCACCAUUAACAUUAGAAAGCAAGUCAACAUCUGGGAAAAAUUGAAAGAAAAUGGCGUUGUUGCUGAUGGAUCGACUAAAUAUGACAGAGAAUGGUUGAGAGAUAUCAUCGAGAAGGUCUAUGGAGCUCGUGGCUUCUUCUCUUGCUCUGGUGCAUCCGUCUCCGAACUCAGAAUGUGCACUAAGGUCACUUCCGCAAAUAAGGCUAAUCCGGAAUUCUUCGACUGCCCAUCAGACUUAGUGUCUCAGGGUGGAUGCUCUGCAUCUGUCUACUUCAAGAAAUUCCCAACCAUUACAACUAAAGGUCCAUGCACUUAUUAA